CCUAAAGUGGGAGAUUGAAGAAAAGAGAUCGAAGAAACCAUAGAAGUGCUUCUGCUAUCUUUUCCAUUGUCGAUCUCCACCUUGCUGGCCGCUGGGUCCUGCAAGAGGCUAUCUUUUCUGAAAUGGCCGCCGGCUUCUUCAUCGAUGAUUUGGCGGACGAAGGGGUAUACUGCGAGUGUGGAUUGGAAGCUGUAGUGAGAACUUCCAGAACUUCCGACAACCCUAAUCGCAAAUUCUGGUCUUGCUCUCUUUACCACUCAAAGAGUAAGGUCGAGUGUGACUUCUUUGCUUGGUGUGAUUUGCGAGCUAUGCAAAACAGGGAACAAAGGCUCCUGGAUUUUAUUGUCAAUUUGCAAAGCAGAGUCUGUGAACUAGAAGAAGAGAAUAAGCGGCUUGCUCAGUUGGUUGCUGUCACUCCACCAACUCCAGCUCUUGCUUGUGAGCAGUGUAAUGAUUUCGCCACAAAGGAUCUUCAAGUGGUGAAACAAAGAUUGCUUGCAGUGGAGAGACAACUCAGUAGAGUGGUGAUUAGCAAAAUCGGUACUUGUUUAUGGCAAUCUUGUGUAGUUGUGGUAGUUCGGUUAGCGACAAUUGUGUGACUUGUGAUCUUUGAUAUGGUCACCUAAGCUGGACAUUGCAACGAAACCAGACAAGCCCAUGGCUAUUGAACAUUGCAACGCCAAAAGCCGCCACCUGGGGAUCGUUCAAAGACGACCCAUCACAGUGAAUCUCAUGGAAGAGAAACCGGGAUGUUACAUUAUCCUUCCAAGAAAAUAAUUCGGGUAAAUUGCA